CCAGCUAACAAACAAAUCGUGAAAUUGAUUAUUAAUACAGAAGUCGACUGUCCAGUUCUAAAAUGGAUAUCCAACAUAUGAGAGCCAUUUUGCACUUCAUCGGAUUGUUAAUACUGAUCACGAAAUUCUCAAACGGCCAAUCUGUGACUCUGACAGGUCCUUCCUUAAUACAGCAAGGUACUGACACAGUUUACACCUGUACUGGAGGAGCAGCGCCAUAUACCUUUAUAUGGGAAGACCUUUCAGUGAUUCCAAUUGUUAAUAUCUUCAUUAAUGGAAAAGCGGUUACCAAUCCCUCUACUCAUCCAAAAUAUGUCAACUUUGGUGUAUCAGAAAAUGAGGGUACAUCCACUAUGACAAUCACUAAUACUCUGGUAGAAGAUGAAGGGCAGUAUAAAUGUGUUGAACUUCCUGUAGGAACAGGAAACAUUGAUGGUGCAGAACUAACAGUAGAAGUCAAAUCGAUACGGAACCUAUCGGUAAAAACUAUAACAGAGAGCAACAUUGACGUGUUCGAAGCAAUAUGUGAAGCUUUAGGAGGUAGACCAGAUGAAACAAUCACAUGGAUGUUAGAUGAUGGGCCUUCACCUUGUGAUGAUACAAAUGUAACGUACCCUGCAGCUGGAGAAGGUCUGUCUAGUAAAAGGAGUGUCUGCACAUUUCAAGCUACUAGUGAGAACAUUGGUCAAACAUUGAAAUGUGUCAUCAGCGGUCAUCAAGUAUAUGAUCUCAAUGGAGAAAAAACAACUACUCUUAAUAUACAAAGGUCACCUACUACUGAUAUAAGGGUGGGAUUCCAGUUCCUUGAACCAAACCUCACAGUGUCAUGUGACAUUGCUGAUCCAACCCAACCUAUUCCAAGCAUAAUGAACUACUACAUAUACUCCGAUGGGACUCUGAUACAUCAAUCUCCAACGGGAGACAACGAUGUGGAGGUUCCAUGUUCAGAAUUCGACCUCUAUACGGAGUUCACUUGCGUAGCAGGGAAUUAUCUUGGAAACACAACAAGUGAUCCGGCUAGAUAUGACCCAACCAAUCGCACACUAUGUACCUGUGUGCCAACUGGUCUGAGUUCUGGGGCCUCUGCAGCUAUUGCUGUCUUAGCCACCCUGUUAGUGGCUUCUGUCAUCAUCAACAUCAUUCAAUUCAUCAUGUUGAGGAGACAGAAGACCAGACCAGAAUUACCUGUCAAUGACUCAAUGACUUGGAUGAAGGAUUGUAUGCGUCUACACUGGACAUGUGACAUUGAGCCUUGUUCGGAUAUGCAGCGGUCCUACAACGCAUCUAUAUCUUAUACACUGAACGAUGGUCGGAUCUGAGCCAACUAAGCUAUAGGGACAUUAUAGAGACUUACUUGUGUUAAAUCUGGCCAAGAGUGCUGAAUUGGCUAUCGAAAGUACAUGUUUUAAUUAUUCAUUGAGUAUACGUCUUUUGAAAAUUCCUUUUUUGAAGAUCAUUUGUUAGAAAUUUGUAAAAAAGAUAACAAAUUCAACUAAGCAACUUUUAAAAUCAAAAGUGGUUGCCAUAACCUUGAAAUUUCCCCCAAAUCUAUGGAUAAGAGGUUGUUAGAUUUUUGUCCCCGAAACGGCAGCCAUUUUGAAUGUACAUGGUCAAGGUAGGCACUUUUACUUUUGAAAGUUGUAUAGUUGAAUUUGCCAUGUCAGAAAACAUAUUAUUAGACCCUAAAAUACAUAGAAUCGGACAAUGUUAACUGUGUUGGUGAAUUUCUAAAGUGCAUUGACCUUUUUGACCAUAGCGCCAUCAUUUAAGGUGGGAGGUAU